CUCAUUCCAGGAGUGCUGCUGCAAUUCCCGCUCCCACUUCUGUCAAAAAACCCUUAAAAUUAAUGGCGGAUAUGGCAGUGCCAGUGAAAGAGAUUAGAGAUGGGUACAUCAUAGCCCUCAACUUAGGGACACCUCCUCAAACCAUCCAUGUCUAUUUAGACACUGGAAGUGACCUAACUUGGGUGCCUUGCGGCGCCCUAUCUUUCGACUGCAUUGAUUGCGAUGACGACUAUAGAAGCAACAAGCUAUUAGCAGCCACCUUCUCCCCUUCCCUUUCCUCCUCAGUCUCCAGAGAUUCUUGCUCGAGCCCAUAUUGCAUCGACAUUCACAGUUCCGACAACUCAUUCGAUGCCUGCACCGUUGCAGGCUGCUCCUUGGCCAUGCUCGUCCGAUCCACCUGCUACCGCCCAUGCCCUUCAUUUGCUUAUACAUAUGGCGGCGAUGGCAUUGUCACCGGAACCCUCGCCAGGGAUGUUCUUACAGUACUAAAUGACAUUAUCCCUAAUAGGAAUUCAUCAUCAACCUGGGAAAUCCCGAAAUUCUGCUUUGGGUGUGUGGGUGCCACUUAUAGAGAGCCCAUAGGGAUUGCCGGGUUUGGGAAAGGCCCUCUUUCACUGCCUUCACAAUUAGGGUUUCUGCAAAAGGGAUUCUCCCACUGCUUCUUGCCUUUCAGAUACGCCAACAACCCCAACAUUUCCAGCCCUUUAAUUGUGGGGGAAUUGGCCAUUGCCUCCAAGGACUAUUUGCAGUUCACCCCAAUGCUGAAGAGUCCAAUGUACCCAAACUACUAUUACAUUGGGUUGGAGGCAGUGAGUGUGAGUGUCGGCGGCAAUAUGGCGCAAGUGGUGCCGGUGCCGUCGAGCUUGAAGGAAUUGGAUGUAUCCGGUAAUGGAGGGAUGAUGAUAGACUCGGGGACUACUUACACUCACUUGCCAUAUCCCUUGUAUUCAAAGCUGUUGGUGCUCCUGCAGUCGGUGAUAACGUACCCUAGAGCGACACAGGUGGAAGAGAGAUCAGGGUUUGAUCUUUGCUACACAAGUCCGUGCCCGACAAACAAGAUCCUACCGGAUGAUGCCGAUGAUGAUCUGCCUUUGAUCACUUUUCAUUUCUUGAACAAUGCGAGCCUGACGUUGCCACGAGGGAACUCAUUUUAUGCCAUGAGUGCACCCCGCAACUUGACUGUGGUCAAGUGUUUGCUGUUUCAAAGCAUGGGUGAUGAUAUUGGCGCCGGGGAUUCGUCAUCAUCUUCUUCAAGUUUGGGGCCGGCAGGAGUGUUGGGAAGCUUCCAGCAGCAGAAUGUGGAAGUGGUGUACGAUUUGGAGAAGGAGAGGAUUGGGUUCCAUUCUUCUGAUUGUGCACAGGCUGCCAUAAUAUCGUCUACUGAUCAUCAUCGGGGAUAAUAAUUGAUUCAGAAAA